AUGAGAAUAGCGGGCAAAGCGACGAAAGGUAAGGGUAAGCGAUGGAUGAAAGGCGGGUCCAGUGAUAGCAAUCCGACAACAAACAAGUUUCGGCUUCUGGCCAAAAGUGGAUCACUGACCACAAGUGCACAAACAUCACAAUCAAGACAGUCCUUUCGUCUCGACGAGGAUGUCCUCAAUCAACACAAUUUGCGUCAAUUACAGAAAUUGCGAUUAGAAGUGCCUAAAGAUGAUCGAUCGGCGCCUAAUCCCGAUCAGGCGGUCGAUGAUGAUGACCACGAAUCGGUUGGUGGUCAGACAUUUGUGAGUGUUUGGUCCAACUGUUCAAAUAUUAGUUUCAACAAAUUGUUGUACGGAUUUGACUCUUCGUCAGCCAUUCAUAAGCAGAUGUUAGCCGUGUUGGCAGCCGUUACCGAAACUAUUAAAUCAAACGGAGGACAGGAGUCGGAAACGGAAUAUUUUGCAAUUUUAAUGACAUGUCUGGAGAGCGCCGAUAACGACGAGACACUGACAGCCAUUUUGACGUUGAUUCAGAUGGUUAUCAAACGAUUACCGCAAAGCGUUAUUAAACUCAAGUUUUCCGAGACAUCUAAAGUAUUUGUCGAUUAUUUGGCCAAAUAUGUUAAGGGAGAGAACGGAUUGAUUGUGAGGUCACUUAUUUCCAGUAUAUCCGUACUUCUUGAGCAUCAAGAGUAUGCUGUUUGGGAAUUGAGUUCAACUAAACACAUAUUUGAGAUAAUUUUAUCGCUUACUGUUCACAAUAAGCCGCGGAUCCGAAAAUGUGCCCAAAGAUCGGUCGCCAGAAUUCUCAAAUGUAAUACAAAUCAAUCGAAAUCAUCAUUAUGUCACCCAAUUGCCAAACUUACCGGCGAUUUUUGUGUCAGAAAACUUGAAGAUAAUUCUAGUGAUAAUCUCAAUACAAUGUUAUACGUGUUGACACUGUUGACGGACAUCCUUUCAGUUUUGCCGAACUCUUGUCUUAAGAAAUGUUGUGAAUCUAUAUUAACACAAAUGACUUUUGGAAAUGUUUUGAUUGUUUCGACAGCUUUUAAAGCAUUUUACAUAUUGUUUGUCUCACAACCACAUCAAGAGAUACUAACAGCUGAUCUCAACGCAAAACUAAUAUCAGCUCUCUAUGACUAUCAGCCAAAUAUCAAUGACUCGCAGCCGUUGUGCGCUUGGAUUCAGGCCAUCAAACAAGGAUUUCUUAAUCUGAACCGAAUCGACAAAAAGCUGUCAUAUAAUCAUUUGCCUAAACUUUUUAAUAUAUCAAUAGAUUGUUUACUAUCGGAUUCAAAAGAGGUUCACUUAUGUAUUGCAAGUAAUUUAAAACAAAUUUAUUCCGAUUGUAUUGAAUUGUCUGCUCAAGAGAUAGACAAACAAAUUAUAGAAAGAGUUUAUUUAAGUUUUGAAAAGGCCUUACAAUAUGAAUAUUUUAACGCAUAUAGUCUUAUAUUUGAAUUAAUAUCCCAUUAUUUGAACAAAGAUUUUGCCGGUUUUACCACAAAUAUUAUCAUUAAAAUGGUAGCAAUUCGUGAUAGUUAUGACUGUGCUUAUUCAAGUCAAAUAGACCGCACAAUUGGUCGCGUUUGUCUAGUAUUUGGACCCAAAUAUAUUAUCCAAUUAUGUCCAAUGGAUUUAAAUGAUGACAAUACCGAUAUUUGUCACAAUUGGUUAUUACCGAUUCUAAGAGAUAAUAUUAGAAACACAGAAAUAUCACUGUUUAUCGACUAUUUUUACCCAAUUAUAAUAUCUUUGCAUAAAACUUGCAAAACACUUGAAAUGGAUGGAAAUUUGAUGACAUCGAAGACAUGUUCCAUAUUAUUAUCUCAAAUCUGGUCACUGUUGCCAUCAUUUUUUAAUAAGCCGACAGAUUUUGAAAUAUCAUUCAAAAAAUUUGCUCCAAUUUUAGGCGACAGUCUCUCUAAAAUGCCAGCCAUUAGAUCAUAUAUAUUGUCUGCGUUUAGGAAUUUGUCAAAAAAUUUUGACAACGAAUUGGUUUUAAAAGAAUUGAAUCGAUUCUCGAAGAAUUUCCUACCGAUUCUAUUCAAUAUCUAUACCAACGAACAGAUAUCUAAUGAUGAAAAAAAUCAACGGUUUUCUGUUUAUGAAAUAAUUCAAAUAUUUUUCUCAAUUUCCGAUAACUCUCUGAUAAUUAACUUAUAUUUGAAAUUAAGCGAAAAAUUACAGAACUGUGAAAAUAAUACAUUUUUAAAGCAUUCACUAAUGGAUUUGAUUCGAGCAUUUGUUCCUUAUGUUAGGGAUGAAGACAUUAAACAAAUUUACAAUCAAUUAGUUGUUAUGUAUUUGAAAGACAAUAAACUGAUUACAGAACAGAAAAAAGCAUUUCGUAUUCUUGAAGAGAUUUGUAAAAAUGAAGUCAAUGUUUGCCGUAAUUUUGUUUCAAACAAUUUGAAUGAUUUGUUAAAUGUUUUAAACGAAUCUCUAUCCAAGUGUUUGUCCUCAUCUAAGGCUUUUGUAUUGAAAGCAAUAACACAAUUAAUUGAAUCUAAUAUAAGUAAUGAUACAAUUGAUUGGCAGAAGAUAUUGUUGGAAAUAUUACCGAAAGUGUUAAACUGUUUAACGAUAAACUCAGUAAAAGUCAAAACGGCAUCAUUUGGUUUGAUUAGUUGUAUUGCAAACUCUUGUAAAACACUAAACAAUGGAAAUGUCGACGAAUUUAUUAAAAUAAUGUUAUUAUAUUUGGAUAAAAAUGAUUACUCGUCGACAGUCGUAGUCCAGUGUUUGACCCGACUCUACGAUGAAUUUCGGUCGGAAAUACCGAAACACAUUGAAUGUGAUAUCAUUGAGACUAUAAUCUCAAAACUAGAUUCAGAAAAUCGACAGACAAUACAAGCGGCUAUUGAUUUUGUUAAGUACUUCUUUAAGGUAUCUUCUGCGGACCAAUUGUCGGCUUAUCUUGAAUUGUUGGUCACUAGACUGUCAAAUAUUAAUCGCAAACAUAAAAAUCACUUCAGGAUUAAAGUCAAAGAAAUGUUUAUCCGUUUAGUUCGAAGAUAUGGUUAUGAGAUGAUAUCAAAGAUGAUUCCCGAGGAAUAUAAAAAAGUUAUUAAAAAUAUACGAAAACUUGAAGACAGAAAACGAAAGAUGAGUGUAAAAGCCAGUGAAGAUGGAAGCGAUGAGAAAACUAUUAAGACAUCGAAAAGCAAACGAACAAAUAGAGAGUUUGAAGAUAUAAUCGCUGAUUCAUCUGACGAAGUAUCUGAAGAUGACGACCAAAUGACAACUGUUUCCAGAAAGAGCAAGUCGUGGAUCAAAGAGGAAACUAAUGAUAACGAAAUUGUCGAUUUGUUGAGCAAUAAGUUGAGUCAAAAUAUUAUACAUAAAGAUCCUAAUAUUAAACCUAAAGAGAAAUCACAAGCUUUUGAAAUGACUUCCGACGGAAAGAUUAUCAUUAAAGACUUGGAUAAUCCUAAGAGAGGUGUUAAGAGACAAUUGGGAGAUGAGUGUGAUGUGAAUGAUAAUGAUGAUGACAUCGAUGACAUUAUAUCAAAUAAACAGAGUAUGAAAUCCGUAUCAACCAAAAAGUCCGAAUAUACAGCUGGAGGUAAAGGCAUUCAUCGGCCGAUUGCCAGACAAUUGGGAGAGGAAUAUAAAUCAAACAAAGCAAAGGGAGAUAUGAAGCGUAAAGGAAAGCCCGAUCCCUUUGCUUAUAUACCACUUGAUCGACAGGUGCUUAAUAAGCGAAAGACAGCCAAAAUGAGCGGACAUUUCAAGAAUUUGGUAAACGCCGCUCGAAAGGGGGCUAAAAUAGGUUCAAAUAAAAGGGCAAAGAAAUUACGCAAAAGUUAA